AUGGAUAAAUUCGUUGAGGUUAUGAGGGCUAUUACUGGUGUGCUAGUCAUUGAUAUAAUGCAGGCACUGCCAGUAUUUUCCAUUGUUGGAGGAACCUGCUCAUUACUGUCAACACUGCAGAAUAGCAAAAUCAGAUUGCGUAGCUGCCAAACUCCAGCGAGUGAUGAUAACAACACUUUGGAUGUAGAAUUUCCCUUCAUGCUGGUGCCAGUUAAUCCUGAGCACUGUCGUACAAAAAUUUAUGGACCUCUCAUGCGCCGCCGAAAAUCUGAAUCCUACAUCAACAAAUAUCCUGCAGCUCUCACGAGCCCUGUUGUUAAUUACCGAAAGGCAAUUGGCGACCACAAGACAACAGCUGUUAAAAAGUUCCAGCAUAUACCAAAGCAGCUGGCCAUGCUCGAUGACCCGGAACCACUAGAUCAAUCUACUAUACAAAAAGAAAAAAAAAUAGAGAAAAUUCGAGGCGCUACAGUACUACAUGUAGAUUCUAGAAGCAAGCUUCCAGAUGACCCAUCGCUUACAAUAGCAUCACGAGACGCUGUGAUUGCCUGGCGUAACCUCGUGCGCGACAGGAAUUCGGCCCAAUAUAAUGCUAUCAAUCUUCAACAGUCGGCAAGCGGUAAUCUACCUCGUCUUUCCCGCCGGAUAUUUGAACAGGGCGAGGCUCAUUUUUGUGCCUUUCUGCUGGAUCUUCGGGCUGAGUGGGCAGAUGCUGGCAUUCCUCACUUCUCGCUGAAGUUCAGAACCAUGAAGACGAUUGAGCAGCGACUAGGAGUCUCUGGCCGGAGAAAGGCGUAG